UGCACCGUACAUCUGCAACCUGCGAGAACAUCAAACUGUAUGCCUAGUUCCAAAUUAGGAACUGGCCAUGUGGCCGCUCUAUUUUACAAAUAAACCUAUGGCGUAGAGGCUAUGUGUUUAGUAUUAUUAUUAUUAUUAUUAUUAUUUUACAUAGGCCAUAACUCAUUAUUGGAAUUCUUGACCCUUGCAUCUAGGAACUGUUGCUAUGUAGACCUUGCCAACCAAGCUGCUGUUUAUUUGCAAAAGACGUGAGUGGUUUAAUACGCUGUCACUACAACAGUUCAAAUUUUAUUCGUUACAUUUGUCGUUCAAAUGACUGCUGUCCAGCAGAUGUUUUCGAAGUUAGAUCCCUUCUUAUUUUUCAUUAGAUGUUAAUUUUGAAAAACUCAACCUCGUCGCAGACGCUGCUCAUAUGUAACCAUAUUAAGCCAUCUGUUUAAAACGUUUUACAAUGUUGUACACUGUCAGUUGAUUACUUUCAUUUAUCAACAUGUUUAGUAGUAUUUGACUUGAUAUGACAGAUUGAUUUUAUCUGAAUGUACAUUUUGAUUGAUUUGUUUCAAAUGUGUAUGUGACGUGUUUCUCAUCACUGAGGUUAGGCGUAUGGGACAAGUUGCCAAAUUUAAUUAUGUCUAAGCAUAUACAUAAGUAGGCUACUGUUGCCUGCCGUUCCCAGCAAUCUUUUAAAUUAUUUUCAGAAUUUCUUCAAUAAAGAUACCACUGCCUAAAAGAAUGACACAAUAAAUCAGAAUGAUGUAAUAACUAGCCCACCAACUCUGCUGGUCUGGUCAAGAAAUAUACACGCCUGUAGGCCUACAUAGAAAAGAUACCAGACACUGGACCUGAGACAGGUGUCAGGCUAGCAAUAUCAACAAACCCAAAGACAAACAAUUAGGCUGCUUAUUAUUGUACCUGCGAGACACCUGCUUCCCUGUCAGCACCCCGUCUCCACAGUCCACACCAUUAUGAAAUGAACAGAGGAGGCUGACUGACGGAACACAGCAGCUGACUGAAUGUGUCGGUUGCCAUUGUCCGCUGCUGUUACCGGCGUCUCACGCAGCACAGUUAAUGAUGGCUGGAUCAAAACAGCCACGGGACGCUGUGUUCUGCUGGUUGAUUAGCGCAUUGUGUUCGCUCCAUGCCUUUGUUUUCCUGGUUAAUGCGCAUUCAGUCGCUAACCACAUUAAGAUUUUCCAUCCCUGCGCCCCUCCCCAUUUCUGAUAACUUAUUCCGAUACAAGGGUCUAUAUAAAGAGCUCAGCAUAUGCACAGAAAGAUCCUGAGAAAAAGACAACACCUCUUCACCCAGUCUCUUUCUUUUUUUUCUUUAACAUUUCAAAUGUGUAAGGGACUGUCCUCUCUGCCGUCGUCAUGUUUGGAGAAGGCGAAGGAAAUGAGGGUGAAGCUUGGUCACCUGGCAGAGAAACAGGAGUGGACACACAAGCACAGGGCUCAGGAAGAGAAGAUCUUUCAGGACCUUGAGUCUCUGCUCAACAGCAAGAUGGGCCAGCAGGUGUUCCGCUGGUUCCUGCGCACCGAGUUCAGCGAGGAGAACCUUGAGUUCUGGCUGGCCUGUGAGGACUACCGGACCACACCCGGGACCCAGCUGGCCAUCAAAGCCCUGAGCAUCUACAGCCAGUUUAUCAACUCCGAGGCACCUCAGGAGGUGAAUUUGGAUUCUGAAACCAAAGAGGCCCUUACCAGCAUGAUUGAGGAGCCGACAGCUGACACCUUUGACAAGGCCCAGCAGCGCAUAUACUCACUGAUGGCCAAGGACUCCUUCCCACGAUUCCUGCGUUCGUCUUACUGCCAGGAGGCGCUGAAGGCUCUGUGAAACUUUGCCCCCUGCAGUGCUGGAGGACAAACUGCUACCUGCCUACUCAUUAUGCUCACUAUGAGUGCUUGUGGCUGGAAUCAUCAUUAAUGUAGUGUCUUCAUCAAGCAUGAUUCCAAUCUGUGCCUCACACUAGCCUAUGGUAUUUUCAAAUAAAGGGCAGGGAGCAAUGUGUUUAUGGUAGUUGUAGUAAUAAUCAUAGUUUUGUUGCUCUUUUUACAGCACGAGAAACACUGGUUCAACUGGUUCUGAUUUAGUGAAUUAGACUCUGCUGCUAAUGUGAAUGGAAAAAUGCUGAGCAAUCCUUUUCUUAGAAUUUGAAUUGAGGUAUAAAAUAUGUUUUCACCAUUGCAGUAUAGAAUGUGUGUUUUGGUGCAUUACCAAAUGUAUGGCCCUUCAGUAACAGAUACAUUGAAUUGGCAAUUGAAACCCAAUAAUGUCAGAAUAAACCAAUGUGGUUUCUGGGUAACAGACAGCAAAUACCUCACUAAAUGUCCAUGCUCUUCUGAUGACACGUUCUGUUCUGUUUAUGCUCAAAUAAUAUGUCUGGCAAUCCUCUGUGUAUUCUGUGAAUCGUGUUGUGUUGUGCAAACGCAGGCAAAUAAAAAAAAAAGAUACUCGUCA